AAGACGAGACAGUUACCAUGACAACAGUACACAGAAGAAGCACGAAGCGUCGCUUGUUCUCCCAUUCCUGAUUUUCUGGUGGUUUCUGUCUCAUUGCCAAUGUCAAGCACGUUCUUCGGCAUCAUCGUGUAGUAGGUUGGAUACACGUGGGCGCCAUUUUGAAGCAACGUCGUGCUAGCGUGUUCAAUAGUGCGAUGCUAAUCGUGUCGUGUCAUGCUAACUUGUAGCUACUGUAGAACACAAUUACAGAAUCACGGAAUAGCUUUCUGACCAUUAUUAUUAUUAUUAUUAUUAAAACAACAGCGCUGUCGACACUUGAGAUUUAGUUUUUUAAAGUGUAUAAAGCUGUAUAAAAAGAAUUAUGUCUUCACAACAAAACAAACAAACAAAAAAAAAACACAUGGAUGGAAAGAUGGACUAUUAAUGCAACUUUCUCAACAGAACUUCCAGAUAUGUCCUCAAAACAGAAUGGGGUCACCAAAUCCGUUCAAGCAGAUGUCAAGAGGAGAAGAAUAAGGGGGGAGACACCACAGAGUCAACCCAAUUCACCAGACAGUCAAAGCAUUCUUCCACAAAGUGAGAUUCGCGACUUCCGGCGUCUCCCAAUUCACAAGAAGGCAAGUUACGCCGCGCAAAUGACGGCAGAGCAAAGGAAAGGGCUGAGAGCGAGAGAAUGUAAACAUGACUUAAUCUCCACGGAGCGUCAGAAGGCCGUGUUGGAGAUUUCACUGAUGACAAAGCGGUCAGAGAUUUGUAAGAUGGACAAGGCCGUCGUAAAAGAGGAGCGACGUCUGAAGGAGUUGGAGAAGACCAUUGAGAAGGAUACUCAGAGCUUUGCGGUGUUCCUAAGGGAGAACGAGAAGAAGUCUUUGGAGGCCCAAACAUUUUUGGAACGAGAGACUGAGUCCAAACAGGAGAAAACUGCUGACAUCAAGAAGUUGACAUAUGAAAUAUCAAAAAUCAGGAGUGAAGUUGCCAACUAUGACGACAUAUUGCAAGAGUACAAGAGAUACAGGGAGCUUCUUUUCAAGUUGUCUCCUCCAGAGUGGCAGGAGGCCCAGAGGGCAAAGCUUCUCCGCAAAGUCCAAGUGGAUAAAAACACUGCGGAUGAGCAGAACAGGGAGCCAGAGGACUUAACAGUCAAGCAAGAUCUGGAGAACAACAUGGCGCAUGCGCAGCCCAGACACUCCUCUGCAGAGCUCGCCAGCAAUCCAAAAGAGCAUGAACCCGAUGUCGACCGCUCAGAAUGUGAGGACAAUCCAGAGUUGUACUUUACUGAUCCCAAGCAACUUAUUGCGCUGAUGACAGAGCUAACUGAGCAGAACUUGUCCUUGAUCAAGAACUCUACGAGGGCCGAGGAGACACUUGAGGAGCUCAAACAUUCCAUGGAGGCAAUCAGGAAGAGAACGAAAAAGGAUGAGGAACUUAUGACCCGGCAAAUAGAUGAUCUGAAGAAGAGAAUUGGAGAAGAGAAGACAAGAGCUUGGGAGAUGAAAAAGAAGGUUCAGCUCCAUGUCUUGCUGAAUGCUCGAUUGCAGGAUGACGUGAUGAGGGCACUUGGUGAGAAGGUUGCGGAGGUGUACAGGUGCUGUGUGGAUGACGGGUUGAGCAGCCCUAGCACCUUGGAGAAGCUGGCCAGCAUUGAGAAGCAGAUGUCUUCGCUGUUGCACUGCCUUGAGGACAUCCCCAAGGAAAGUUUGGAAAUGGUGCAAAAGAUCAAGGACAGCGAGAGGAGGACCAGGCAACGGGAAGAAAAGCUCAAGUUGCAAAGAGAGAAACAGAUAGAAAGGAUGAAGAAGUACUUGGAGAGGUCCCUAUCUGAUACUAAGAAAACUAGUGGACGUAAACUAAUGCCCAGAUGCAUCCCUUUUGCUCAGAAGGUCAAAGUCAAAAAAGUGGAAAGUGCUCCUACUGAUGAUGGCUUCAGCGACUACUUCUUUACAUCUUUAGAGAUUGACUAAAAAAGAAAACUGAAAAAAGUGGAAUGCAUGCUACGACAUUAAAAAUACAUGCAGCUUGAUCCUACA